AUUAUAUUAAUUUAUUUUCAUAAACUGUCAGUUAAUGGCAUUCAUUAUUGCAAUGAUUAGAGACCGUUCAAUGACAACAAAAAUGUUUUAGUUUUGUGUCGACCAUUCAUCAGAUGUGAUAUUUUAAUAACUGAUUAUCAAUCAGACCAUUAAUCAGACGCACAUAUAAACCAUAUACUGACCAAACAUGUCGAUAACGAGUAGCAUCAGUGGUUAUCGGUGGACACAAUUGAUACGAGAGCUCAAAGUUGAGCCAUUCCUCUUCCUCUACAUGUUUUCGUAUAGUUUGUCGUCAAUGGCUGUGUCACAGCUAGUCCAAGACAAACUGUGUCGGCUUAGGUACGAACAACAACCUCAAUACUGUGUAGAGAUUAACUCACCAGAGUAUGACCACUCGGCCGACGAGAUCAAGUCGGCCAUAUUGACCGAUUCGGGUUUUAUAGUACUGUACCGUAUGAUCAUAUCGACCAUUCCGUGCGCCAUUUGGUCGCUGUUUAUCGGGUCGUGGAGUGACAAAUAUAUUCACGGCCGCAAACUUAUUAUGGUUUUCGGUGCAUUCGGCGCCGUCAUCGAGUCGAUCGCACUUAUUAUAAAUGCCGCCGUUUUUACCUCAGAUGUCUAUCUCAUACUAUUGUCAUUUAUACCGUCAGCACUUUUUGGUGGUAUUAUAGCCACACUUAUGUCGACAUAUGCUUAUUGUUCGGCUACCAGUGACCGCUCUACCCGAGCAAUACGUUUUGCAUGUCUUGAGGUCAGCUUCUGGUUGCCCCAGCCUUUGGGCUCAUUUAUUGGCGGCCAGAUUCUAGGCGACGGCGAUGACAAAAAUGUGAACCAACUCUACCAUUAUAUCGCCGUUUUUAUUGUGUCACUUUGCGGCCAAUUGGCAGCACUCGGUUGGGUCCUAAUAGUGGUCAACGAGCAGCCAAAAGAGCCUGAAGUUCAGAUUGUCAACUCAGACCUGUUUGAGGCCAGUUCGGUCACUGACCAGUCAAUCGACAGCGAUGUAAUGAUCAAAUCAACCGAAUCGAUAACCGAUGCCAUUGUCAAACACUUGCGAGAAUUGUUUGACAUAAGCAAUGUUAUCGAUAUAUUUCACACGUGUUGUAAACAUCGGUCACAUAAGGUUAGGGCACAGAUUUGGCUCCUAUUUAUCUCCAUAUUCUGUGUGAUGUUGUCCUAUAUGGGCUCAAUGAUCAUACUCUGGCAAUAUGUGGAAAAAUUGUUCAGUUGGUCGGCAAAAAAGUACUCAAAUGUUAAUUCAUUGGUCACAAUAUUUACUAUCGUUUCGAUGGCUAUUAUUAUACCGGUGUUUAUGAAGAGAUAUAAAGUUCGUGAUAUGCUUUUGGCCAUCAUUGGUGUGGUAUCACUGUUCAUGCAAUGCCUAAUGCGUGGAUCAUUGCAACGGCCAAUAGGUCUUUACCUAUCAUUUAUUGUGGGUAUGUUUGCACCGAUAACAAUGAUUGCCAUCCGAUCGAGACUCUCGAAGAUUAUUCAUGAAGACGAAGUGGGAAAAGUGUUUAGUUUGAUGGCCACAGUUGAGGCCAUCGCACCAACACUGGCUUCGGUAUAUUACUCGAGUGUUUUUGGAGCCAGUAUUGACACUUAUCCUGGACUGGCCUUUCAGAUAGCGGCCGGCAUAUUGUUGAUUCCAUUGGGUAUUUUCAUAUGGAUUGAUCUGUAUUGUAGGCCAAAAUAA